AUUUACGGCGGCUGCCAGGGCAAUGCGAACAGGUUUCCCAAUAUGGACGAAUGUCUCAAGACCUGUGGAAGCUCAGAUGUAGAGAUCUGCCAGCUCCCUGUGCAGCCUGGCCCGUGUCAGGCCUACACGACCCGGUACUUCUACAACUCGGCCACCAAGAAGUGUGAGGAGUUCAGGUACGGUGGCUGCCAGGGCAACGAGAACAGGUUUGCCACCAAAGACGAAUGUUUCCAGACAUGUGGACGCCCAGUUAAAGAGGUCUGCAAGCUCCCUGUGGAUGCUGGCUCAUGUUUUUCCUACAUGACCCGCUACUUCUACAGCUCGGUCACCAACAGCUGUGAGGAGUUUGUUUAUGGCGGCUGCGAGGGCAAUGGGAACAGGUUUGCCAGUAAAAAUGAAUGUCUCAAGGCCUGUGUCAGCCCAG